AUGCAAGCUCGUAGGAUAAGCACUUCGCCUCGGCUAUGGCAGGAGCGAUCGUCUGCUGAGACGACGUCGGAAGAUGCACAAAAGGCGGCUUCGGGCGAGCGCCCUAUGGAGCAGACAGAGGCUGCCCGUGCUGCUCUAUGGAAUCAAAUGCUGAAUGCCAUCAUUGUGGACCCAUCGGAUAGCUCCGUGGGUGCACCAUCAAGCCAUCGCCGUCCUGCCACUUCUGCUAGCACGUCUCUUGACGGCACUGGUAUUUCUGGUUUGAAUCCCAGUUCAGAGAACGACAGGGUUUCUCUUAUUGAGCAGCUUGAUGCAGAAUUCCGUGAUCGCCCCACUUUCGGAAUGGCCAGCCCCGGUACGCCCACGACAGGCCGAUCUGUAUCUGUGAACAGCGCCUUUAACGGCACGUCUGCCUACUUAUACCGCCAGCUGUCGCAGAUUCUUUCCAGGAAUAAUGUUCGCCGGGAACUCAGGCUUGUAGAACGCUAUGAAAAGCCGAACCAAAAGCGUCGUCGCAAACGGUCUGAGCGUCAUCGCCGCCGCUUCGCGGAUAUGGUCCGUAAGAAAAUUCAAUUGAUUAUGGCUCUGAAGGCGCGUAGUCCAUAA